CUAUUUCUGGAUCUUCCAGUUUGGCCUGCUGGGUUGUCUGAUCUCGAACCUGUCAUUCGGGGAGAGCAUGGCAAGGAGCCUCAUUAAGCUGUGGGCGCCUGUGGUCAGGAACUGGCCAGCUGUCCUCAGUUGUCCCAUUUUCUGGGUUGUGUUGGGUCAGGGUUAUCAGAGCUAUAGAAUUUUCUCUAUUCGAGGACAAAGAGCGGUGAGGUCUCAUCUUUUUUGUUUAUAUUCUUGCUUCCAUGUUGAUCUUAGGGUAUCGGACCUUUAUUUAGUGUCUAAUCUGUGUGUUUCCAGGUAUAAGUUUGACAUUUAGGAAUACACUUGGGCACUUGUAAAUCUCAAUCCAAACAGAACAGAUUUCCUGGUGGUAUGUUUUUAAUAACUAGAUUGUAUUGAGAAGUAAACACGUUAUAAAACACAGCUGUAUAUGUACACAGUUACAUAUAGAGCAGUGUCUUUUUUUUUCUCUAGGCAUUUGGCUUUGAGUCACAGAGCGAGGUGUCUCACCCCACGGCCACAACUAAAAAAUGCCUCCUUGGGGGUACAAAGGGAAAGACCCGUAGCUGCUUGUGAGAGUGCACGGAUCUGCUGCAUUCGCAGAGCACAGUUAUGUCUUCCAAACAUAAACCUAUUCUUUGUGAUAAUAAGAAUGAAUUUCAUUGUUUUCUAGCUACCAUGUGACAGGCUUAAGUCCGUGAUCUAUAAUCAUCCCUACUUUAUAGAUAAACGUGGCUUGCAGAGGUUGUCCAGCUAAUAAAUGUCAAAACUCUGCUUGAACCGAUUUUGUUCAGUGCAGGAGCUCACUCUCUUUUCCCUAUGCCACGGUGACUGUGCUCUUGCACUUUCUUUAACUUUCUGUUUUGAAAUAGUUAUGAAUGCUUGAGAACUUGGAAAACUAGUGCAUUACCUAGCUUCUCCAGUCACUAUAUUGCUUGAUCAAAACCAGGAAAUUAAUGGCACCGUAUGGUUAACUGAGACUCUGACUGCACUUGAGCUUUACCACUGUUUCAUGCACUCAUUUUCUCGUGGGUUUCUGCAUUUAAUUCUCUGCCUUUUGAUCUCAUGUAUAAAAUCAUGGAGUCAUGCACUGACAAUUGAGAUCUGCGACUGUUGCUGCCCCUGUAUAAUCACACCCUCUUUCCCCACACCCUCUGGAAACCAUUUCUCUGUUCUCCAUCUCUCUAAUUUUAUCACUUCAAAAAUGUCAUAAACGGACUCCUACAGUAUGUGAUCUUGUGAAAUUGGCCUUAUCUGCUACUCGGCAUGAUGCCUUUAAGAGCCCUCCGUGGCGUCGUGCGCAUCCAUAGUUCCUUGUGUUUGUGUAGCUGAGUAGUAGGGCCAUAGCAUGGAUGCACCCGAUUCUUAGGCUUUUUGAAUUUCUAGAAUACCCAUGAGCUAUAUUUCUGCUCUGUAAAGAAAUGCUUAGUUUUUGUACUGUACAAAGGAGAAGGAUUUCAAGUAGAACCCAAACUUUAUUUGUAUCCCCCCAAAGGAACAUCUUCUAAAGAACAAAACUUCAAGAAGCACCUUGAAAGUAUUCUCUUUAUUAUCAAAGUCAUCACAGCACUCAGGAAAACAUGGGACUUAACCAAUUUCUGUAGGCCUCCUUAUCUUUGUCCAUGUGGAUAUGUAUCUUGCAUUACUGUAGCCAGUGUAUUUUGUGUGCUGCUUUUUUCCACGUAAGCUUAUUUUUCCACGCACUGUGAUUAUUUUCGGCGCUGUAGGCUUCGUCCUUCAAGCUGAGUGACGUUGUUUUCUCCAUGCUGAUGGCCCCUCUGGCUCCGCUGAGCAUCUCCACACAUGUGACUGUUCGUCCUCUUGUGCAGUAGCUGUAAGAUAAGCUCUUCAGAAUGCAGUUACACAGUCAAAAGGCUGGGACCAUUUGUCUGGCUCUUUUGAUGUGUGUUCCCAGACCUUGGCUCAAAUCUCAACCCUUCCCCCUAUUUACCGAACAAGUUACUGAAGCUUUCUAAAGCCUCAAUUGCCACGUUGGGAAACGGGAAUACUAUACCAACAUCCGGAAUGGCCGGGAGGAUAAAAUCCAAGCGAUGAGGCAUGCGGAGCCCCCAUCACGUGCAGAGCCCCCGUCGCAGCACCUGGCACAGGCGACUCACUCCAUGCAUGGCAGCUGCUGGCAGCUCGUGAUGACUGUGGUGUGACAUCAUGAAUGUGAUUCUGGCUCGCCAGCACCUGUACGGACCCCUUGCGCCCAGCAUUGGAUGAGGAAUGACAGAGAGACACCGCUGUGCAUCCAGGCCCUUCUCGGGUGGGAGAUGCACCCGGGCCUCAGCUAGGCGCUACUUCCAGAUGUUUGGUUCCAGGUGUGGGGAGAACACGGACCUGUGCAUUUCUGGCAGAUACGGGAAAGCACGUGGCGCAGCCGCAGUCUGAACCAAGCCUUGUAGAACUUCGGAGGUGGGAGUGGUCGGUUGUGUUCUGUCUACUCAGGAAGCCGAGCUUUGUUAGAGGCGGUGUUUGCCGGACCAGGGCUUAAGCCAUGGGGAGACAUUUGGUCGUUGGGGAACCAAGAUCACCCUCUGCAAAGAGAACACCGUGCACGGAAGCGCAGAGGCCUGACUGGACUGUGCUUGAGGAACGGUGAAGGGUGUCACGUGGUUGGGAGUGCGCACCGGCGCGGGAGAGAAGCCUGCGGAGGCCAACUGGAAGUGACAGCACGGGGCCCUGGAAUUGUGUCCCUAGGAGUUUGGUCUUGAUUCUGUAGGUGCCGCGGAUGUUCUGGGGAUUCUGCUCUAAUACUUGAUGUUCCUCUGGGUGUGAUCUCCAGAAUUGAAAAAAUGGGAGGCGCGACAAGUAGAGGCGAAAAUUCCUAUGGUCUAGAUAUUACUUGUAAAGACAUGAGAAACCUGAGGUUCGCGCUGAAACAGGAAGGCCACAGCAGAAGGGAUAUGUUUGAGAUCCUCACAAGAUACGCCUUCCCCUUGGCCCACAGUCUGCCCAUAUUUGCAUUUCUAAAUGAAGAAAAGUUUAACGUGGAUGGGUGGAUGGUUUAUAACCCAGUCGAAGAAUACAGAAGGCAGGGCUUGCCCAAUCACCACUGGAGAAUAACUUUUAUCAAUAAGUGCUAUGAACUCUGUGACACUUACCCUGCUCUCUUGGUGGUUCCAUAUCGUGCCUCAGAUGACGAUCUCAGGAGAGUUGCAACUUUUAGAUCCAGAAAUCGGAUUCCAGUGCUGUCAUGGAUUCAUCCAGAAAACAAGACCGUCAUCGUGCGUUGCAGUCAGCCCCUCGUUGGUAUGAGUGGUAAACGGAAUAAAGAUGAUGAGAAGUAUCUCGAUGUUAUCAGGGAGACUAACAGACAAAUUUCUAAACUCACAAUCUAUGAUGCAAGACCCAAUGUAAAUGCAGUGGCCAACAAGGCAACAGGAGGAGGAUAUGAAAGUGAUGACGCAUACCAUAACACCGAACUUUUCUUCUUAGACAUCCAUAACAUUCAUGUCAUGCGGGAAUCUUUAAAAAAAGUCAAAGACAUUGUCUAUCCUAAUGUGGAAGAAUCUCACUGGCUGUCCAGUUUGGAGUCUACUCACUGGUUAGAACACAUCAAGCUUGUCCUGACGGGAGCCAUUCAGGUAGCAGACAAAGUUUCCUCGGGGAAGAGCUCGGUGCUGGUGCACUGCAGCGACGGCUGGGACCGGACCGCGCAGCUGACGUCCCUGGCCAUGCUGAUGCUGGACAGCUACUAUCGGAGCAUCGAGGGAUUUGAAAUACUGGUACAGAAAGAAUGGAUAAGUUUCGGACAUAAAUUUGCAUCUAGAAUAGGCCAUGGUGAUAAAAACCACGCCGACGCGGACCGGUCUCCUAUUUUCCUCCAGUUUAUUGACUGUGUAUGGCAGAUGUCGAAACAGUUCCCUACAGCUUUUGAGUUCAAUGAACGAUUUUUGAUUACAAUUCUGGAUCAUCUGUAUAGUUGCCGGUUUGGGACUUUCUUAUACAACUGUGAAUCUGCGCGAGAGAAACAGAAAGUUACAGAACGAACGGUAUCUUUGUGGUCGCUGAUCAACAGUAAUAAGGACAAGUACAAAAAUCCUUUCUAUACUAAAGAGAUCAAUCGAGUUUUAUAUCCAGUUGCCAGUAUGCGCCACUUGGAGCUUUGGGUGAAUUACUACAUUAGAUGGAACCCCAGAAUCAAGCAACAACAGCCCAACCCUGUGGAGCAGCGCUACGUGGAGCUCUUGGCCUUGCGUGACGAAUAUAUACAGCGGCUCGAAGAGCUGCAGCUCGCCAGCUCCGCCAAGCUCUCCGACCCCUCGACCUCGCCGUCCGGUCCUGCCCAGAUGAUGCCCCACGUGCACACUCACUUCUAGGAGGGAGCCCCAGCGCUGCGCCAGAGCUCCGAGUAAAGGAGAGACUUGACUUUCACUUGGGGGCCUCUGUACAAAGUAGAUUAAAACAUUUGCCUCCGUGUAGAACUUGAACUAACAUAAUCUUAAACUCUUGAAUAUGUGCCUUCUAGAAUACAUAUUACAAGAAAACUAGUGUCUACAGGGCAAUCAGAAGAAAGGAACCAAGAUGGUUAGCCAAGUGGAAAAUCCGGACACCUUUCAAGGACAGUUUUUGAAAGAGAAAAUUGAAAUUGAGUUGACCUCUUUCGAAAUACUGUGUCUACAAUAUGUAUUUUGUGGGCCUAAUUGGAACGACAUUAUUUUAAACUGAAGUGAAAAAAAAUAGGUUUGUGAACCGGAUUUUCCUUGGGCUGCUUCUCAUAGUUGCUUUGGUGUAAAACGAGCCCAAAUGUGAGAGAUGUUGUUGCCAAAACCAAAUCGAGCUCAUCCUCUGAGGCGUCAUCCAAAAGCAAGGUGUUGAAAUAAUUG